AUGUCGACAUCACAAAUUGGACAUUCGCCCAAUACAAAAUUUGCUAGAAUCUCUUUCCAUCUAUCUAUCUACUUCCAUAUCAAUCUAUCUGUCGAUCGAUUUAUUUAUCUAAGUCAUUCAUAUCUAUCUAUCUAUCUAUCUAUCUAUCUAUCUAUCUAUCUAUCUAUCUAUCUGUCUGUUCAUCAUCUAUCUAUCUUGUUCUGUGUAUAUCUAUGUAUCUGUCUAUCACACUCUAUUCAUAUCUAUCUAUCUAUCUGUUAUCUAUCCAUCUAUCUAUCUGUUAUCUGUCUUAAUCUGUUCAUAUCAUUCUGUUUUUUCGUUUCUAUCUAUCUAGUUGUGUGUCUAUCUAUCUAUAUAUAUAUUAUCGGUCUCAAUUUGUUCAUAUUCUAUCUGUUUGUUCAUUUCUAUCUAUCUAUCUAUCUAUCUAUCUAUCUAUCUAUCUAUCUAUCUAUCUUCUCUGUUCAUAUCUAUCUAUCUAUCUAUCUAUCUCAGUCGGUUCAUAUCAAUCUCAUUCUGUUCUUUAUCUAUCUCAUUUUGUCUUUUAUCCAUCUAUCUCAGCCUGUUCAUAUCUAUUUAUCUCUCAACGGUUUAUUUAUUUUAUUUUCGUCUUUGUGUUCUUUUGUUAUUUUUUCUUUGUUUUGGGGUUGUUUUUUAUUUUACAAUUUUCAUUUGUAUCAAAUAUAUUUUCCUUUUUCCUGCUUUCUUUCCGGAUUUUCAUUUUCUUGUUUUCUUUCUUUCUUUCUCUUGUUUAUUUUCCCACAAUUCAUUUCAAAGAAAGAAGAGGAAGAAACAAUAGUGAAAUUACUGUCCCUUUACUUUCUUUCUUUCAUACAAUACUUUGUUUUUAAAUCGCUCUUUAUUCUUUAUUUCUUUCUUUGUCAUAACAUUUUUCUUUCUUUCUUUCUUUCAUUUUCUUUCUUUCUUUCUCAUAACUCUUCUUCCUUUCUUUCUAUCAUUCAUUUUCUUUCUUUCUUUGCCAUAACUCUUCUUCCUUUCUUUCUUUCUUUCUUUCUUCCAUUCAUUUUCUUUUUUUCUUUUCAUUCACCUUUUUUUUCUUUUUUCAUUUCUUUUAUUUUCUUUCUUUCUUUCUUUUGUUUCUUUCUUUCUUUUUCUUUCUUUCAUUCAUUUUUUUCUUUCUUUCUUUUCAUUUUUUCUUUCUUUCUUUCUUUUUUUCAUUUUCUUUCUUUCUUUCUUUCAUUUCUUUCUUUCUUUUUUUUCUUUCAUUCAUUUUCUUUCUUUCUUUUUCAUAACUCUUCUUCCUUUCUUUUCUUUUCUUUCUUUUUUUUCUUUCAUUCAUUUUUUUUUUUCUUUCUUUGUUCUUUCUUUCUUUCUUUCUUUCUUUUUCUUUCUUUCUUUCUUUCUUUGUCAUUCACCUUUUUUUCUUUCUUUCUUUCUUUUUCAUUUUCUUUCUUUCUUUCUUUUCAUUUUCACCUUUUUCUUUCUUUCUUUCAUUCAUUUUUUUUCUUUCUUUUCAUAACUCACCUUUCUUUCUUUCUUUUUCUUUCAUUCAUUUCUUUCUUUUCAUAA